ACAUUUAGUUCAGUUUUAACCAAAAUAACCUCAAUUGUAAGUGAUACAAGAUAAUCACCAUGUCACAAUUGCUUUAUAAAUACUUUUUAAAAAAGACCAACCUUGACCAUAUUGUUCAAAUGGGCGAUGACGCCGAAGACCCAUACUUUGAAACAAUCCCUGACAAUGAAUUACACUUUUAUCAAAGAAAAGGGGCCAAGAGAAAGAGAAGAAUGCCCAAUUUCAUACCUAAAAACGACUUGAAAGUGUUAAAUAAAGUCAAGAGUCGAGCUUAUCAUUUAGAUUUACAAUUGAGCUUGUGCGGGUUGAGAUUAGGUUGGGCCGGGAUAAUCGGAUUGAUUCCCUGGAUAGGUGAUGUUAUUUCUCUUUUGUUUGCAUUACAAUUGGUUAAGAAAGCAGGAGAAAUCGAAGGUGGGUUACCUAAAAUCCUACAAGCAGAAAUGAUGGCUAAUGUCAUGAUGGAUUUUGGAAUUGGAUUAAUUCCAUUUGUGGGUGAUUUUAUUAAUAUUUUAUAUAAAUGUAACUCAAGAAAUUUUAUAUUGCUUGAAAAACAUUUGGUGAAGAAGUACUCCCAUGGACAAACGGUCCAUGUCACGUCGCAGCCAGCUACAACUUCCAAUGAAAAACUGAAGAAGCCCAAAGAACCAGAACCAAAUACCAAGACAGCUGCUGCUGCAACUGCAACUGCAACUGCAGAUGCACACCAAGAAACUGGUACAUAUGACCCCCACCAUGGUCCGACCUUACCGUCUAGAGCUCAUACUGCUGAGCAUAACGUUCAUCAUGCAGUACCACCUAUUAACGAUCCAGUGCCUCCGCACACGAUCGAUGCUGAUAAGGCAGCAUAUGUUGCUGAGAAGGUUUAACCAAUAGCUUGAAAUUCUUGUUCUAGCUUUCCCAAUCUUUGUUUAAAUUCCGAGAUAAACAAUUCCAAUUGAUCCAAUUUAAGAAAUUCUAAUUCAAGUUGAUUACAUGUGGUUAACAUCUGAUCAAUCUGUUCAAAUUGACUGGAUAGUUGUAGUUGUUUAUCAAAGUAUUCCUCGUUGAUCAAACCUUGUUUGGUUUGUAUCGAUCUAUAUGUAAUCUCUGUUAAAUUUGAUAUAUAAUCGUUUAUUUUAUACAUCAAAUAAUCAUAGCUUAAUGCGAGCUUGCGUAAUUCUAAUGGAUCGGGAUCAUCUGACUCGAUGUUGUUGUCACUUAUAGCAGUGCUGUCUACUGGCAGGACAAUGCUUUCUAGUGAAGCUUGUUCCAAUGAAUCUCCAUUUGUAUCCUGCGACUCUCCAUUUGUCCCUUCCAACAAUCUUAACUCCUCAUCAUUCAUAAUUGUUUUUCUUUGUACUUAUAACAGCCACUAGUUA